CUCCCUCGGCCCAUGCACUUGCUGGGCUUCUUCUCUCUGGCGUGUUCCCUGCUCGCCGCUGCGCUGCUCCCGGGUACGCGCGACGCGCCCGCUGCCGCCGCCGCCUUCGAAUCGGGACUCGGCUUCUCCGACGCGGAGCCCGACGCGGACGAGGCCCAGGCGUAUACAGACAAAGAUCUGGAGGAACAGUUGCGGUCAGCGUCCAGUGUAGAUGAGCUCAUGACCAUACUCUACCCAGAAUAUUGGAAAAUGUACAAAUGUCAAUUAAGGAAAGGCGGUUGGCAGCGUAAUAAAGAACAGCCCAACACCAAUGCAAGAACAGAAGAGACUGUAAAAUUUGCUGCAGCACAUUAUAAUACAGAGAUCUUGAAGAGUAUUGAUAAUGAGUGGAGAAAAACUCAGUGCACACCACGUGAGGUGUGUAUAGAUGUGGGGAAGGAGUUUGGAGCAGCAACAAACACCUUCUUUAAACCUCCAUGUGUGUCCGUCUACAGAUGUGGAGGCUGCUGCAACAGCGAGGGCCUACAGUGCAUGAACACCAGCACAAGCCACCUCAGCAAGACGUUGUUUGAAAUUACAGUGCCUCUCUCUCAAGGCCCCAAACCAGUAACAGUCAGUUUUGCCAAUCACACUUCCUGCCGAUGCAUGUCUAAACUGGACGUUUACAGACAAGUUCAUUCCAUUAUUAGACGUUCCCUGCCAGCAACACUACCACAGUGCCAAGCUGUGAACAAGACUUGCCCCACAAAUUACAUCUGGAAUAAUCACCUCUGCACAUGCCUGGCUCAGCAAGACUUUAUUUUUUCCUCAAAUUCUGGAGACGACUCUCCAGAUGGAUUCCGUGACAUCUGUGGACCCAACAAGGAGCUCGAUGAAGAAACGUGUCAGUGUGUCUGCAAAGGGGGGCUCAGGCCUUCCAGCUGUGGACCCCACAAAGAACUAGACAGAAACUCAUGCCAGUGUGUCUGUAAAAACAAACUUUUACCCAGCUCAUGUGGGGCCAACAGAGCAUUUGAUGAAAACACAUGCCAGUGCGUAUGUAAAAGAACCUGCCCCAGGAAUCAACCCCUAAACCCUGGAAAGUGUGCCUGUGAGUGCACAGAAAAUUCACAGAAAUGCCUCUUAAAAGGAAAGAAAUUUCAACAUCAAACAUGCAGUUGUUACAGAAGACCGUGUACAAAUCGACCGAAGCAUUGUGACCAAGGACUUAUAUACAGUGAAGAAGUAUGUCGCUGUGUCCCUUCAUACUGGAAAAGACCACAUAUGAACUAAAACUGUACUAUUUUCCAGUUUGUCAGUUUUCUAUCUUGGAACACUGUGUGGCCACAUUGGAACUGUCUGUGAACAGAGAGACCUUUGUGGGACCGUGGAGACAAAGACAGAAGUCAGCGUUUGCUGACCUGUGUGGAUAACUUUACAGAAAUGGACUGGAGCUCGUCUGCAAAAGACCUCUUUUAAUGACUGAUUUUUCUGCCGAUGACCAGACAGCUGAAGUUUUUCUCUUGUGAUUAAAGAAAAAAUAAUGAUUAUAUAAUUUAUUUCCACUAAAAAUAUUGUUUCUGCAUUCAUUUUUAUAGCAAUAACAAUUGGUAAAGCUCACUGUGAUCAAUAUUUUUAUAUCAUGCAAAAUAUGUUUAAA